AUCCGAGGAAAGCGAAUUUUGAUGAAGGAAACAAACAUUGAAACGCAUCAUAGGAAAGCUGAAAAGGGAUCGAUUGUGUUUGUGGAGUAAUGAAAUGUUUGUGUCAGUGUCGCCAAUAAUUGACGGCUGAAAAACCUCAACGCACUUAACUUUUUAUGCGCUUUGGUCUCACCGCUCUUUUUCUUUCACUUUCUCACCCAAUACCAAAUGUCCAAUUCCAAUUACCAAUACCAAUACCAAUACCAAACCUUUCUUCAAAUUCAAUCAAUCUCUCUAUAAUAUUGCAUUGCACUACAACCAGCUUUGAAUUUGAUACAUGGCGAUGGAUUUUCGCAAGUUUUGGACGAGAAACAUGUUAAUUGGUCUUGGUUUGGGACAGUUUCUUUCUCUUCUCAUCACUUCCACUGGCUUCACUUCUUCUGAAUUGGCUAAGAAAGGAAUUAAUGCUCCAACUUCUCAGUCUUUUCUAAACUAUGUCUUUUUGGUUAUUGUUUAUGGAAGUAUCUUACUGUACCGAAGGAAACCACUCAAGGCAAAAUGGUACUACUAUAUAAUUCUUGGAUUGGUCGAUGUGGAAGCAAAUUUUCUUGUUGUGAAAGCGUAUCAAUACACCUCACUAACAAGUGUGAUGCUGCUUGACUGCUGGUCCAUUCCAUGUGUCAUGCUUCUUACAUGGAUUUUCUUGAAAACAAAAUAUAGAUUCUUGAAGAUUACUGGCGUAAUUGUUUGCAUCGCCGGCCUUGUCCUGGUUGUGUUUUCAGAUGUUCACGCAGGAGACCGGGCAGGUGGAAGCAAUCCUCGUAAAGGGGACGCUAUUGUUUUUGCUGGUGCUACCUUGUAUGCAAUCAGUAAUGUCAGCGAGGAAUUUUUGAUAAAGAAUGCUGAUAGAGUUGAGCUCAUGGGAAUGUUAGGUCUCUUCGGUGGCAUUGUUAGUGCCAUUCAAAUAAGCGUACUCGAGCGCAAUGAACUUAAAUCUAUUCAUUGGUCGGCUGGGGCGGCACUUCCUUUUGUUGGAUUUUCAGUGGCUAUGUUUAUGUUUUACUCGUUAGUCCCUGUUCUGCUUAAGAUCAAUGGAUCUACCAUGCUAAAUCUUUCUCUGUUGACCUCAGAUAUGUGGGCUGUCGUAAUUCGCAUUUUUGCUUAUCAUGAGAAGGUUGAUUGGAUGUACUUUGUGGCCUUUGGAGCUGUUACCGUUGGGAUUCUUAUCUACUCUGGAGGUGACAAAGAUGAGGAUGAGGAUCAGCACCCUCUUAAUUCUGCUGAAGAUCCUCCCAGAAUCAAACAGGAUGAGGAAGCCAAAUCAGGAAAUUCUAGCAGAGGAACUGGUGCUGGAAGCUCAAAAACCUGGGUAGCUUAAGAAAUAAUAGACCUGGGAAGAGCCUCCUUCAAAAGUUGAUGAGACUAUACUCCACAAAGCAAACAUUUUGAUUAUUGUCCAUAUUUUCUAUCAUUUGAAGGCCGAGCUUGUUCUUUAGAGUUUAGAUGGAAUUUUGAUGAAUCUUUUAUGAUUUAGAAAUUAAUAGUCAAGUUUAUUUUUGUCAGUAUGUUGCUAAAUAUCUGAUGUUUUUUCUAUAGAAGGAAAUUGAUGAGGAUAAUCUAUCUAUUCUAUUUUAAUAUAUCAAUUCUGAAGCGCGGAAUGUGGCGCCGACAUUUAAGCA